CUAACCGCCCAUUACCAGAAUCCGGUGCAGUGUAUGUGUGUGAAUGCGUAGGUGAAUCCGGUUGAAUCGGCCUGGAAAUAUCUUGUAAAUCCAGAUCUGAACAAAGACAAAAUGCAGCAGCCAGCGAGUGACCAAGGUGACGGAAUUCCCACAUUUAAGUGUGUGCUGGUCGGAGACGGUGGCACCGGCAAGACCACAUUCGUCAAGCGUCACUUGACUGGAGAGUUCGAAAAGAAAUAUGUUGCAACACUCGGCGUUGAAGUGCAUCCGUUGUUGUUCCACACGAAUCGAGGUCCCAUCCGCUUCAACGUCUGGGACACGGCGGGCCAAGAAAAAUUUGGUGGCCUCCGCGACGGCUACUACAUUCAAGGCCAAUGUGCGAUAGUCAUGUUUGAUGUCACAUCCCGAGUCACCUACAAGAACGUACCCAACUGGCAUCGGGAUCUGGUCAGGGUGUGCGAGAACAUCCCCAUAGUACUCUGCGGCAACAAGGUGGACAUCAAGGACCGCAAGGUCAAGGCAAAGUCUAUUGUUUUUCACCGCAAGAAGAACCUUCAGUACUAUGACAUCAGUGCAAAGAGCAAUUACAACUUCGAGAAACCCUUCCUGUGGCUUGCACGCAAGCUCAUCGGCGACCCCAACCUGGAGUUUGUGGCCAUGCCCGCCCUAGCACCCCCAGAAGUCACGAUGGACCCAGAAUGGCAAGCCAAGCUGGAGAAUGACAUGAAGGAGGCACAGAACACUUCAUUGCCGGACGAAGACGACGACGACCUUUAGCUUCUUUGCUUUCGUUCAAGUUCAAAGUUUCGUACUGCUCUGUACAGAUCACACUAGGAUGGGGAGUGGGGCAUCAGGAAUGCAGAAUAAAAUGCAGUGUACAAGAAAGUGCUUGUUGCUUGUACAAGAAACUUGAUGCUUGUGUUGUUUGGAUGGAAACUUGUAAAAAUUGUAUGCAUGAGUAUUCGGUUAAAGCGCUAAAAGCUGGGGAGGGAAUUUCAAUUGAUGCCCCGUCCCCUUCUCCGGUAAAGAGUGUUGUGCGUUUUAACUUUUUUUUUAUGCUUGUUGAGACUCAUGAUUGACGAAUAAAAGUCAUCAGACCAUG